CCUGACUGUCGAUCGUCGGCCCAUUACAGGGAUUCAUGACGUCACAUCAGUCCAUCAGUCCCCGCCCUCACUGUCAGUUCAAAGCUCCGCCUCUAGCUGUCACUGAGUGAGCACAACUGAGAGGCAACGAGAGCAGAGAGCGUGAUCGCCUCAGGUAACCAAAACACUGACUAACCAACCAACCAACCAACCUCCUCACUGCUAACUAACUAACUAACCCCCGCCUAAUAUAACCUCCCUGAGACCCUCACACAGGUAACUAACUAACCCCCACCUAAUAUAACCUCCCUGAGACCCUCACACAGGUAACUAACUAACCCCCACCUAAUAUAACCUCCCUGAGACCCUCACACAGGUAACUAACUAACCCCCACCUAAUAUAACCUCCCUUCCCCCCCCUAAUAUACCCUCCCUGAGACCCUCACACAGGAAACUAACAAACCCCCACCUAAUAUAACCUCCCUGAGACCCUCACACAGGUAACUAACUAACCCCCCACCUAAUAUAACCUCCCUGAGACCCUCACACAGGUAACUAACUAACCCCCGCCUAACAUAACCUCCCUGGGACCCUCACACAGGUAACAAACUAACCCCCGCUUAAUAUAACCUCCCUGAGACCCUCACACAGGUAACUAACUAACCCCCACCUAAUAUAACCUCCCUGAGACCCUCACACAGGUAACUAACUAACCCCCCCACCUAAUAUAACCUCCCUGAGACCCUCACACAGGUAACUAACUAACCCCCCCACCUAAUAUAACCUCCCUGGGAGGGAGACCAGAGUGCACUGCAGUGUUAGGAAUGCAGCUCUGUAUUUGUAACACUGCAGGUUUCCAUUAACUCUUUAUUUACUGGAAAAAGAGGCACAAAAGCAUCCCAGAGGACACACAACCUUUUGUAAAUAACUAUAUUUCUAAUGCUGGAGUGUUCCAUUAAUAAGUAAUGGUAAAUUAUAUAAACUGAAUCGUUUAUAAGGAGGUACACCACAAGCUGGGUUUUGUAAAAGUUUUUAAAGUUCAGUGUCUGUUAUAAACCAACUCAGGAGUGACAUUGUCCCGCCUGUAUAUCACUCCUAUAUUUAUUAACUAUAUAAUAAUACAAUGAACACGCCUUGGUGUUUUCUUUCAGGUGUAACGAUGGAUUUAGUGCUGAAUGUGGCGGAUUAUUAUGUUUUCACGCCGUACGUCUACCCUGCUUCGUGGAGUGAAGAUAAUUCUUUCCGCCAGCUGUUCAGUCUGUUCCUUGUAACCAAUAUCGGUGCUUUGGCUAUCUACUUUCUGUUUGGGGGGCUCAGCUACUAUUUCGUGUUUGACCAUUCGUUGAUGAAACACCCGCAGUUCCUUGAGGUAAAGGGAUCAGGGACAGAAUUCACCUUUAGACAAACUCUCUCACCUUUCUAUCCUGAUAUUUCCAUUUUCAUUUUUCUGAGUUCAAUUUUUCUUUGACUUGGCAAUUGUAAUUAAUUUCUCACUUUUUUGAAUAAUCCCCAGGGGAGAUUUCACCGGCUGCCGUACCUUGUACAUGGUCUGUCACAAGCUGUACAGGGAAGUGUUAAUGUUUGUGUGUUAGUGGAGGUCUAUUGAUCACUCUGCAUUCUCUCAUUUUGCAGAAUCAGGUUCGACGUGAGAUCAAGUUUUCCAUGCAGUCCAUGCCUUGGAUCAGCAUUCCCACCGUUGCUUUGUUUUUUGCCGAAGUUCGAGGGUAUAGCAGACUUUACGACAACAUUGACAGUUCUCCAUAUGGUAAGUGUUGCAACACAAACCGAACACGAUUGUGGAGUCUCUAAAUCCACAGACUGCGACAUUGACAUGUAUCUCGUUACAGGAUGGUUUGGGGUGAUCCUCAGUAUGAUUUCAUUCCUAUUCUUUACUGACAUGGCAAUCUACUGGAUUCACCGCUUCCUGCACCACAAGCUCUUUUACAAGGUCUGUGUCGUUAUUUUCAGUAGAUGUAAUCCCUGACUUGUCCUAAAAGUUGUCCAGUUCCGAUUUUUGCCUUUUAUGAUUUUCC